CGAAAAAUGGCGUCCGUGCAAAAUGUUGGGGCUCCACGAGAGAAACUGGUCGCACUCGAAAAGAUUGAGAAGGACAUUGCCGGUGCUGUGCAAAGUGCAGGUCAAGCUCUACAAGAGCUGUCUAAAGACAAGCCGGCGGUGAAACAUGUGGAGAGUCACACGUCGACCUUCCUGAAGACUCUGCAAGAGGUGGACAAUGGUCUCAGCAAACAGAUCAGUUAUUUAAGUCAAGUAUCAACAGGUCAGCCUCAUGAGGGCUCUUCCUACGCAUCUCAAAAGGACCUGCAGAUGGCCAUCCACAGACUGGAGCACGUCAAAAGCCGGUUGGGCGAGCUGGAGAAGGUCAAACAAGAACACCUGCGGCAGAAGCACUCAGGUCUGGUGCGGAGCUUCUCCUUGUCCGAUCAGCAGCCGCUGACCCCGCAGCAACCUCUCACACCGCAGCAGCAACAGCGAGACCAGAAGUCGAGAGACCAGCAACGAGAGCAGCAGGCACAGCUGUAGCGAGAUGUAACCUGUUGGAAGUGUGGAAAGAACAUUUGUGUCACUGCGCGAUGGAAUCAGGCGCUCGUCAAUUUUUUGGUGUGUAGGGUUAUUGGAAUAAUCUUAAAGCACGUUUAUUCGCCUUUCUUUCAGUGAAAAAAAAUACCCUUCUAUCUUGAAUAGAACUUGAGAUAUUUGCGAUUAAAGGAGAUGAGGGUAGCCUUUUUCUGAGGUAAAAUUUGCGAGGAAAUGGCCACCAA